GUUCAAACUUCUGCUGAAUCAUAACCAUUUGGCCCUGAGCUAUGACAAGAGAAGAGAGAAAAAGUUAAAGGAGCAAGCCUACCAUAAGUGAGAAGCAAACUGCCUUGGUAACAUGCUUUUGCGAAGUUCAGGAAAAUUAAAUGUGGGCACCAGGAAAGAGGAUGGUGAGAGUACAGCUCCCACCCCUCGUCCAAAGAUCUUGCGUUGUAAGUGCCAUCAUCACUGCCCAGAAGACUCAGUCAACAAUAUUUGCAGUACAGACGGAUACUGUUUCACUAUGAUAGAAGAAGAUGAUUCUGGGAUGCCUGUGGUCACUUCUGGAUGUCUGGGACUAGAAGGCUCAGAUUUUCAGUGUCGGGACACUCCCAUUACUCAUCAGAGAAGAUCAAUUGAAUGCUGCACAGAACGAAAUGAAUGUAAUAAAGAUCUGCACCCUACACUCCCUCCAUUGAAAAACAGAGACUUUGUUGAUGGAAGUAUACACCACAAGGCCUUACUGAUAUCAGUGACUGUCUGUAGUUUUCUCUUGGUCUUUAUCAUCUUGUUCUGUUACUUCAGGUAUAAAAGACAAGAAGCCAGACCUCGGUACAGCAUUGGUUUAGAACAGGACGAGACUUACAUUCCUCCAGGAGAAUCUUUGCGAGACUUGAUUGAACAGUCUCAAAGCUCAGGAAGUGGAUCAGGCCUCCCUCUGCUGGUCCAAAGGACUAUAGCUAAGCAGAUUCAGAUGGUGAAACAGAUUGGAAAAGGUCGCUAUGGGGAAGUUUGGAUGGGAAAGUGGCGUGGCGAAAAGGUAGCUGUGAAAGUGUUCUUCACCACAGAGGAAGCCAGCUGGUUCAGAGAGACAGAAAUAUAUCAGACAGUGUUGAUGAGGCAUGAAAAUAUUUUGGGGUUCAUUGCUGCAGAUAUCAAAGGGACAGGAUCUUGGACUCAACUCUACCUAAUCACAGACUAUCAUGAAAAUGGGUCCCUUUAUGAUUUUCUGAAGUCCACUACCCUAGAUACGAAAGCAAUGCUGAAAUUAGCCUACUCAUCUGUUAGUGGUUUAUGUCACUUACACACUGAAAUCUUUAGUACUCAAGGCAAACCAGCUAUUGCCCAUCGAGAUCUGAAAAGUAAGAACAUCUUGGUGAAGAAAAAUGGAACAUGUUGUAUAGCUGAUCUCGGCCUGGCUGUCAAAUUUAUUAGUGAUACAAAUGAAGUUGACAUACCACCCAACACGAGAGUUGGCACUAAACGCUAUAUGCCUCCUGAAGUAUUGGACGAGAGCUUGAAUCGAAAUCACUUCCAGUCUUAUAUCAUGGCUGACAUGUACAGUUUCGGACUCAUCCUCUGGGAGGUUGCUAGGAGAUGUGUAUCUGGAGGUAUAGUAGAAGAAUACCAGCUACCCUACCAUGAUCUGGUGCCCAGUGAUCCAUCCUACGAGGACAUGAGAGAGAUUGUGUGUAUCAAGAAGCUACGUCCCUCAUUUCCCAACCGAUGGAGUAGUGACGAGUGUCUAAGGCAGAUGGGAAAGCUCAUGACAGAGUGCUGGGCUCACAACCCUGCAUCCCGGCUGACAGCCCUGCGUGUGAAGAAAACACUGGCCAAAAUGUCAGAGUCCCAGGACAUUAAGCUUUGAUUUGAAGGGGAAAGUAAGCCUCUAUUGAGAAAGGCAAGAGAUUUGGGUUUUUUUUUUCCUUCUGUUGUGGGCAGAGAAAAAGAUAGUAGAAAGUGGUAGAGAAGCAUCCAUGGUACAAGCCUUGAACAUCAUCCUGCUUCAUGGUGGAUUCAGACUUCGGCUCCUAGGUAGCACCCUGGACAGAGACAAAGACGUCCCUAGACAAACAGAUUCCUCUCUGACUGUGGGAGGCAGAGCUGGCUUGGGUAACUUGUUCAGUAUAUAAU